UCCUUUUCCUCAAAAACCUUUGAGUUAUACCAUCUUCUCUCAAGCUUAAGUGCUCUUGUCUCUCACUAACAAAUCAUCAACCUCUCAAUAUUUUCUCCAUUAAUGGAAUCCAAAGACUACACCCAAGAUGGCACUGUGGAUCUCCAUGGCCACCCUGCCCUUGCUUCCAAAACUGGCAAAUGGAAAGCUUGUGCUUUUCUCGUUGGGUAUGAAGCAUUUGAGAGGAUGGCAUUCUAUGCAGUAGCAUCCAAUUUAGUGGUUUACUUGACAACCCAACUUCAUGAAGACACUGUUUCAUCUGUGAGGAAUGUCAAUAACUGGUCUGGCUCAGUUUGGAUGACUCCAAUCGUUGGCGCCUAUAUAGCAGAUUCUUACUUGGGUCGCUUCUGGACCUUCACAUUGUCAUCUCUCAUUUAUGUCCUGGGAAUGGUACUUCUAACAAUGGCAGUAUCAAUCAAAAUCUUGAAACCAACAUGCAUAAAUGGGGUAUGCAACAAGGCCUCAUCUUCCCAAACAGCAUUCUUCUACUCAGCUCUCUACAUCAUAGCAGUUGGGGCUGGUGGGACCAAGCCCAACAUCUCCACCUUUGGUGCAGACCAAUUUGAUGACUUCAACCCACAUGAGAAGAAGCUCAAGGUGUCUUUCUUCAAUUGGUGGAUGUUCAGUUCCUUCAUUGGUGCACUCUUGGCUACCCUAGGCCUUGUCUACAUCCAAGACAACUUGGGUUGGGGAUUAGGGUAUGGUAUCCCAACAGCUGGGCUUUUACUGUCUCUAUUCAUAUUCUACAGUGGGACACCAUUGUACAGGCACAAGGUUAGGAAGACUAAGAGCCCUGCUGGUGAACUACUUCGAGUCCCUAUCGUUGCGUUUGCUAACAGGAAGCUUAGAGUUCCAAGCCACCCGUCCGAACUUCAUGAGUUUGAGCUCCGACAUUACAUUCAUAGCGGUAAACGCCAGAUCCAUCACUCCCCAAUUUUUAGGUUCUUGGACAAGGCUGCAAUCAAACAAGACAACCUUAAUCCCUCAAAGCCUCCAUGCUCAAUCACUCAAGUAGAAGGAGCCAAACUCAUUUUAGGCAUGGCCAUGAUAUGGGUAGUAACCCUAGUCCCCAGCACCAUUUGGGCCCAAAUCAACACCCUCUUUGUCAAGCAAGGGACCACCAUGGACCGCAGGUUGGGUUCCAAUUUUCACAUCCCGGCUGCCUCACUAGGCAGCUUUGUCACCCUCUCCAUGCUCGUUUCCGUUCCCAUGUAUGAUCGUUACUUCGUCCCUCUCAUGCGUCGAAGGACUGGAAACCCACGUGGCAUCACUCUCCUCCAGAGACUUGGAAUUGGAUUCAUCAUCCAAAUCAUGGCCAUUGCAAUUGCCUAUGUAGUUGAAGUCAGGCGCAUCCAUGUGACAAAAAUUCACCACAUUACAGGACCUAAAGAGAUUGUUCCUAUGAGCAUACUUUGGCUAUUGCCUCAAUAUGUUCUUCUAGGGAUUGCCGAUGUGUUCAAUGCCAUCGGAUUGCUUGAGUUUUUCUAUGAUCAGUCGCCAGAGGACAUGCAGAGUCUUGGGACAACGUUUUUUACUAGUGGGAUCGGAGUUGGGAAUUUUUUAAAUAGCUUUCUGGUGACAAUGGUGGAUAAGAUUACAGGAAGGGAUGGAGGAAAGAGUUGGAUUGGGAGGAAUUUGAAUGAUUGUCACUUGGAUUACUACUAUGGGUUUCUUUUGGUGAUAUCUGCACUCAAUUUAGGGGCUUUUUUGUGGGCAUCAAGUGUGUAUGUGUACAAAAGAGAUGUUACUGAAAUGAAGGAAGGAUGUGUUCAAAUGGAAGCCAAGUGCUUGGACACAACUCCCUUAGGAUUACAAGUAUGAGAAAAAUUAGAGUGGCAACCAAGGUUUUAAACAUCGAUUGAUAUAUCGAAUAUUAUUUCGUCUUGUACCUUUAAUUUCAUGUCUUUAAUGAAAAUUUUAAUUUGCUGAUUAAAAAAAAAAGUUAACGGAUUUUGGACUUCUGA